AUGUUCCCGCUGCCCAUGUUCACCCCGGACCAGGUGGCUCGGGUGUGCGAGAACCUGGAGGAGACCGGGGACAUCGAGCGCCUGGGCCGGUUCCUCUGGUCCCUGCCCGCCGCCGUGCCGGGCUCCGCCGGGGAGGCGCUCAACCGGCACGAGUCGGUGAUGCGAGCCCGGGCGCUGGUCGCCUUCCACGGAGGAAACUUCGAGGCUCUGUACCAGAUCCUCCAGAGCCACAGGUUCACGCGCGAGUCGCACGCCAAGCUGCAGGACCUGUGGCUGGACGCGCACUACCGGGAGGCGGAGCGGCUGCGCGGCCGGCCGCUGGGCCCGGUGGAGAAGUACCGGAUCCGCAAGAAGUUCCCUCUGCCCCGGACCAUCUGGGACGGCGAGCAGAAGACCCACUGCUUCAAGGAAAGAACUCGCAGUCUGCUGAGAGAGUGGUACCUCCAGGACCCGUACCCCAACCCGUCCAGGAAGCGGCACCUGGCCCAGGCCACCGGACUCACACCCACACAGGUCGGCAACUGGUUCAAGAACCGGCGCCAACGGGACCGGGCCGCAUCUGCAAAGAACAGAAUGCAACAGGAUCCGUCCCACCUUCCCUCGGAGAGCUCCCCGGACGGGUCCCUCCAGGAGCGUCGCCAUCACACCCACCUGCUCCCCCCCUCCCCUCGCCACCCGGGCAGCCCGGAGGCCAGCGACUGCAGCACGGAGGCCGAGCGCCGGGGAACCGGAGCCUCCACGCCGGAGAUCUCCGUCAGCAGCGACAGCGAGUUUGAGUCCUGAGAGGACGGGACACUGCUCAGGGACAGACUCCUGUUCCCUGCAGGGACGAGAGCAGCGUCCGUCCUCAGACCUGUGAGACAGAGACAAUCUGUCUCACUGAGGAAGGUGGACGAGCACGGAGAGCUGCCGUGGCUCAGACGGAACAAUAUGCAAAAACAUAAUGCACUUAAAAAAAGCUCCAUGGCACAAACUUGACCUUCACUGUUUUAUGACCCGUGACUCUGGACUGUUCAUGGGAAACAUCUGCAUAGAACUCCCAAGACACAAGUACUCUCAGGGAAAGUGUUUAUAGAAAUAACCCAGACAGUCUCUAGAUAAUGUGAAUAUUAAUACUUUAAGUUUUGAUACAGAUUUCAGUGAAUAUUUUGAUAGACCACGUUCUAAUAGUUUAAUGUUAGCGUUGAAUUCAUUUGUUUGGAGGCUGCUCGGACAUGGGGAACAUUAAAUGCCUUGGGCUACUAUUGUAUGUGAAUAUGUUUACAUGCACACAUUAAUAAUUGGAUUAUUAUCAGAGCAAAGCUAAAACCAGACUGGAUAUUUUCAUGCAAACAUAUGAAUGAUUAACUUUGAAUGCACAAACCAGUUUCCUUCAGUGAUCCUGAAGCUUUGCUGAGAUCUUGAUAAUAAUAAUGUUCAUGUAAACAAGUCAACACAUUUCAUUGCCUUAAAAAGGAACAAAGGGCAUCAGUCUGUAUGAAUUUAAUAAUUCACGUGUGAGGAGACAGUGUUGUGUGUCUGUGACGAGCUGCUCAACCACACACACUCUUUGUACCUGGGAGGUUUGUCCACUUCUCUUUUGUGUGGUUCUCUUUCUGCUGCAGGAAGUGAAACAGAAACGACAAUUUAAAAAAAGAGUUGUUAACUCCGUGUGCCUCGUUCAUUAGAGGACAGUGGGACCUGGUGUCCUCAGGUCAAAGGAGACGGUCACCGGCUGCUGUCUUUCUGUCCCGUCACAUGAAAAGAUACAUUUUGUAAAU